AUAUCACUGACGUCAUGAUUUGACCUUGUAUUUUUCCGAGUUCACAGUUGUUUUGAACCGGCCAUAAGCACAUGGAGUAAUGAGUAUAUUGUUGUUUUUUUUACAUGCAAAAGUGAUUGUUUUUGAUUAAAAAAACGCUUUAUCUGCCUUCCCACUGAAUACUAAUUUGAAAAUUCGAAUACAUAUUUUAUGGAAAAUAGAUGUGUUUAUGUUUCUGGACGAUGCAUCAUGCUACCUUGUUGACAACAUGAUCUAUUGGCGCAGAUUACUGUUCGAGUUGAAACUGGCGCUCCUCCCUCACGGCUUUUGCCCGUUCGCGUCACGGGCCAUUGACCGUUGCUACGCGGCUCAGGAUAAUAGAACUCCCUCAAUAGUUAACAUUUUGACACGUCAAUUCAUCAGUUAACUACACUGUACAGUACUUCGUGCUGCUACCACCUUUACGCUGUUGAGCAGGCAAAAUAGCGGGGGCCAGGCAAGGGAUUCACCUGGUAAAGGACCCCAGGCGAGAAGAGAAUGGUUGCAUUCGGAAAGAUACUCCCAGUAGUUGGUGAGUUUGGAGCAUUUCAAAAUCGCCUGUUGUUGGCAAUAUCGAUACCCAACAUAUUCAUGGCCUUUCACAUGUUCAGCCAAGUUUUCACAGGUAUGAAUUUUCCUCAUCACUGCAACACCGACUGGAUACUCGCCCGUGGACCCAAAUUGACCUAUGACCAACAGAAAAAUCUCACACUUCCAAUGAAUGAUGUCGGGGAAUAUGAGAGCUGUCGUAUGUUCACACCGGUGGACUUGGACUUGGAAACAAUUCAAGAGCAAGGAAUCAACAGCACCAUAUAUUGUACAGAUGGGUGGGUUUACGACACACCCCAAGGAAACCCCACUCUGGUGACAGAGUUUAACCUGGUGUGUGACAACAAAGGUGUGAGUGAGGCAUCACAGUCCAUCUACAUGACCGGCCUCCUAAUAGGGUCCCUGGUGUUUGGACCUAUGGCAGACAGGUUUGGUCGUCGCUUCGCCAUCCUCGUUUCCCUGCUCUUCCAAUUGCUGUUUGGAGUGGCCGCUGCCUUCUCCCCCAACAUCUAUGUCUACAUUAGCCUUCGGUUCGUGGUCGGCAUGACAAUAUCAGGCAUCGCCAUGAACACAUUUGUGUUAGGGGCUGAGUGGACCAGUACAUCUAAGCGGGCCCUCUUCACCAUCCUCUCACAAUGUUUCUAUGCCGUGGGGCUGAUGUUGCUGCCGUGGAUCGCCUACGGGGUCCGCAACUGGAGGGCCCUGCAGCUGGUGCUUUCCAGCCCCGUCCUCCUACUGGCUGUCUACUUCUGGAUUCUCCCAGAGUCGGCCCGUUGGCUACUAACUCAAGGCAGGCAGAAUGAGGCCAGGCAGGAGCUCCAGAGGGCAGCUGCGGUCAACAGGACAGAGGUCCCCCAGUCAUUACUCGACAUGCUGGAGGCUGAGAACACGUCUACAACGGGCAGUAUGAUGGACCUCUUCAAGAUACCCAAUCUGAGGAAACGUGCUCUCACCAUGAGCUACAUCUGGUUUGUGACCAGCCUGGUCUACUUCGGUGUGAGUCUUAAUGUGGGACAUUUUGGCCUGGACAUCUACCUGACCCAGUUCAUCUUUGGCCUGGCAGAGAUUCUUUCUCGCCUGGGCUGCUACACCCUCCUGGAGCGCCUGGGCAGGAGGCCCUGUCAGGCAGGCACUCUCUUCUUUGGUGGAGCAGCUUGUCUCCUAAUUCUUGCUAUUCCUGAAGACCUUCCAGUAUUGGUGACGGUCAUUGCAGUAACUGGAAAGUUUGCUAUAGCAGCGUCCUUCACUAUUGUCUAUGUAUAUACUGCUGAACUCUAUCCUACCGUUGUAAGACAGAAUGGUGUGGGUCUGAACUCCAUGUGUGCCCGUGGGGCGGGCAUCCUGGUCCCUCUGAUGCAUCUGCUAGAGGUGUACCACCAGACCCUGCCCAUGCUCAUCUGUGGCCUCCUGCCCUUCAUCGGCGGGGGGCUGUGCUUUCUACUGCCAGAGACCCUCAACACUGAGCUCCAAGACUACAUAGACCCACUCGUGGAGAAGACAAUAACAUCAGAGAGCGGGACUAUUGAAAACGGACUCGAUGAGGAGGAGAAACCAACUGAAUUGAGGAGCUCAAAAUUCUGAUCACUGUCUGGUCCAUACUCUCUGGAGGUGUGAGUUAGUUAUUACUUUUUUAUUAUUAUAUAUAUAUAUAUAUAUAUAUAUUAUUAAUAUCUCUUAUAUUUUGUAAAUGAUACCACCCUUUUGGGACUAAUUAUUUGUUUAAAUGAAUGAAUAAUACAAAAUGAUUAAUGUUGUGUAUAAAAUAUGGACCCAUCACAAUAUUAAUCUUGGUGA